CGGCCUGGACCUGCCGCCCCGCCUCAACGAGGAAGGCCCGCUUGCGCCCCUCGGCGGCUCGGGUCUCCGGUGGCCGCGCCGCAGAUAUGCCCCGCUACUGCGCAGCGAUUUGCUGUAAGAACCGCCGGGGACGAAACAAUAAAGACAGGAAGCUGAGUUUUUACCCGUUUCCUCUACAUGACAAAGAAAGACUUGAAAAAUGGUUAAAGAAUAUGAAACGAGAUUCAUGGGUUCCCAGUAAAUACCAGUUCCUGUGUAGUGACCAUUUUACUCCUGACUCUCUUGACAUCAGAUGGGGUAUUCGCUAUUUGAAACAAACUGCAAUUCCAACAAUAUUUUCUUUGCCUGAAGACAAUCAGGAGAAAGACCCUUCCAAAAAAAAAUCUCAGAAGAAAAAAUUGAAAGAUGAGAAAGAAGCAUGCCUAAAAGCCAAGUCAGAAGAAUCAUUUACAUCAAAUGAGCCAAAGAAGAAUACAAUUAACACAGAUGUCCUCCCUGAACAUGCAGAAUUACUUGAUUCAUCUGCCUUGGUAAAGCCACCAGAUCCAAAAACAGAAAGUGUGCAAAAUAAUGUAUUGGCUCUUAAUCUAAUUAAACAAGAUAGAAGAAAAUCAGAAUCUACCUUGGAAACAUCAGUUAACCAAGACAUGGGUGGUUCUCACACAUCUUUUGAGAAUCUAAGUUCUACAACUAUUACUUUGACAACUUCAAAUUCAGAAGGUAUUCAGCAGUCUUUGGAAACCCAAGAAGUGCUUGAAAUAACUACCAAUCAUCUUGCUAACCCACACUUUACAAAUAAUUCUGUGGAAAUUAAGUCAGCACAGGAAAAUCCAUUCUUAUUCAGCACAAUUACUCAAACAGUUGAAGAAUUAAACACAAAUAAAGAAUCUGUUAUUGCCAUUUUUGUACCUACAGAAAAUGCCAAACCUACAAUUAAUUCUUUUUUACCUGCCCCCAAAGAAACGGUAGAAAUGGAAGAAGACAUAGACAUUGAAGACUCAUAUAAAGAUGUAGACUAUGAGACGGAAGUUUUACAAAUUGAGCAUUCUUACUGCAGACAAGAUGUAAAUAAGGAACAUCUUUGGCAGAAAGUCUCUAAACUACAUUCAAAGAUAACUCUUCUUGAGUUACAAGAACAACAAACUCUAGGCAGGUUGAAGUCUUUGGAAGCUCUUAUAAGGCAGCUAAAACAGGAAAACUGUCUAUCUGAAGAAAAUGUCAAGAUUAUAGAAAACCAUUUCACGACAUAUGAAGUUACUAUGAUAUAGAUUAAAGAGGUUUUAAAGUUGUGACUUUUAUGUAAGCUUUUUGUUGGCCAAACCAAAUUGUGUGUAAAGUGACCUUUUUCCUGUGUAAAGUUCUUAUUUUCAUGAAAAUAAGUGCUCUAAUCUUACAAACUGCAUCUUGUUCUUGUAAUGCUCUUUUUUGAGAAAAACUAGAGUCAUUGAGAAGUUUCAUUACUUGUGAAUUAUCCAAAUUUAAAGUAAAAAUGUAGUGAGUAA